GUCGGCCGGCGACGGCGCUGCGUCAGGGGCUUUGCGGCGCUUUGCUCCUGGAGACGGCGACCGCUGUGGGCCUCGGCUUUGGCCUCCCGCGCCCUGGGAGUCAGGUCUCGGCGCGAUGAGGCGCAGCAAGGCUGACGUGGAGCGGUAUAUCGCCUCGGUGCAGGGUUCCGUCCCGUCGCCCCGAGAGAAGUCAAUGAAAGGAUUCUAUUUUGCAAAGCUAUACUAUGAAGUUAAAGAAUAUGAUCUUGCUAAAAAAUACAUAUCUGCAUAUAUUAAUGUGCAAGAAAGAGAUCCUAAAGCUCACAGAUUUCUUGGUCUUCUUCAUGAAGUGGAGGAAAAUACAGACAAAGCUGUUGAAUGUUACAAGCGUUCAGUGGAAUUAAACCCAACACAAAAAGAUCUUGUUUUGAAGAUUGCAGAAUUGCUUUGUAAAAAUGAUGUUACUGAUGGAAGAGCAAAAUAUUGGGUUGAGAGAGCAGCUAAACUUUUCCCAGGAAGUCCUGCAGUUUAUAAACUAAAGGAACAGCUUUUAGAUUGCAAAGGUGAAGAUGGAUGGAAUAAACUUUUUGACUUGAUUCAGUCAGAACUUUAUGCAAGACCUGAUGAUGUCUAUGUGAACAUCCGACUAGUAGAACUGUAUCGCUCAAAUAAAAGAUUGAAGGAUGCUGUGGGCCACUGCCAUGAGGCAGAGAAAAACAUAGCCCUGCGUUCAAGUUUAGAAUGGAAUUCAUGUGUUGUACAGACCCUUAAGGAAUAUCUGGCAUCUUUACAGUGUUUGGAGUCUGAUAAAAGUAAUUGGCAAACUACCCAUAAAGACUUACUUCUGGCUUAUGCUAACCUUAUGCUUCUUACGCUCUCCACUAGAGAUGUGCAAGAAAGUAGAGAAUUAUUGGAAAGUUUUGAUAGUGUUCUUCAGUCUGUGAAAUCUUGUGUGGGUGGAAAUGAUGAACUCUCAACUACUUUCUUAGAAGUAAAAGGACAUUUCUACAUGCAUGCUGGUUCUCUACUUCUGAAAAUGGGUCAGCAUAGUGAAGUGCAAUGGCGAGCUCUCUCUGAGCUGGCUACAUUGUGCUAUCUCAUAGCAUUUCAGGUUCCAAGACCAAAGAUUAAAUUAAUAAAAGGAGAAGUUGGACAAAAUCUGGUGGAAAUGAUGGCCUAUGAUCGUCUGAGCCAAUCAGGACACAUGCUGCUAAAUUUAAGUCGUGACAAGCAAGAUUUUUUAAAAGAGGUGGUAGAAUCCUUCGCCAAUAAAAGUGGGCAGUCUGCUUUGUAUGAUGCUCUGUUUUCUAGUCAGUCAUCUAAGGAUAGAUCUUUUCUUGGUAAUGAUGAUAUUGGAAACAUUGAUGUACAAGCACCAGAGCCUGAUGAUUUGGCUAGAUAUGAUGUUGGUGCCAUUCGAGCACAUAAUGGUAGUCUUCAGCACCUUACCUGGCUUGGCUUACAGUGGAAUUCGUUGUCUGCCUUACCUGCAGUUCGAAAAUGGCUGAAACAACUGUUUCAUCAUUUGCCCCAGGAAACCUCAAGACUUGAAACAAAUGCACCCGAAUCAAUAUGUAUUUUAGAUCUUGAAGUAUUUCUACUUGGAGUAAUAUAUACCAGCCACUUACAAUUAAAGGAGAAAUGUAGUUCUCACUAUAGCUUCUAUCAGCCAUUAUGCUUGCCACUUCCUGUUUGUAAACAGCUUUGUACAGAAAGACAAAAAUCUUGGUGGGAUGCAGUUUGUAAUCUAAUUCACAGAAAAACAGUACCUGGAACCACAGCAAAAUUGCGACUUCUAGUUCAGAAUGACAUAAACACGCUAAGGGGCCAGGAAAAACAUGGCCUUCAGCCUGCCCUGCUUGUACAUUGGGCAAAAUGCCUUCAGAAAACGGGCAGCGGUCUUAAUUCUUUUUAUGAUCAACGGGAAUACAUAGGCAGAAGUGUUCAUUAUUGGAAAAAAGUUUUGCCAAUGUUGAAGACAAUCAAAAAGAAGAGCAGUAUUCCUGAACCUACGGACCCUCUGUUUAAACAUUUUCAUAGUGCAGACAUUCAGGCAUCUGAAGUUGGUGAAUACGAGGAAGAAGCACACAUAACAUUUGCUAUAUUGGAUGUAGUUAAUGGAAAUAUAGAAGAUGCUAUGACUGCUUUUGAAUCUAUAAAAAACGUUGUUUCUUACUGGAAUCUAGCACUGAUUUUUCACAGAAAAGCAGAAGACAUUGAAAAUGAUGCCCUUUCUCCUGAAGAACAAGAAGAGUGCAAAAAUUACCUGAGAAAGGCCAGGGACUACCUAAUAAAGAUUUUAGAUGACAGUGAUUCCAGUCUUUCAGUGGCCAAGAAGUUGCCUGUGCCACUGGAGUCUGUAAAAGAGAUGCUUAAUUUGGUCAUGCAGGAACUUGAGGACUAUAGUGAAGGAGGUCUUCUUUAUAAAAAUGGUUCUUUGCGAAAUGCAGAUUCAGAAAUAAAACAUUCUACACCAUCUCCCAGCAUAUAUUCUCUAUCACCAAGUAAAAGUUACAAGUAUUCUCCCAAAACACCACCUCGAUGGGCAGAAGAUCAAAAUUCUUUAUUGAAAAUGAUCUGCCAACAAGUAGAGGCCAUUAAGAAAGAAAUGCAGGAGUUGAAACUACAUAGUAGUAACUCAGGGUCCCCUCAUCGUUGGCCUGCAGAGAAUUAUGGACCAGAUUCCGUGCCUGAUGGAUAUCAGGGAUCACAGACUUUUCAUGGGGCUCCACUAACAGUUGCAACUACUGGCCCUUCAGUAUAUUAUAGUCAGUCACCAGCAUAUAAUUCCCAGUAUCUUCUCAGACCAGCAGCUAAUGUUACUCCCACAAAGGGUCCAGUUUAUGGCAUGAAUAGGCUUCCACCUCAACAACAUAUAUAUGCCUAUUCCCAACAGAUGCACACACCACCAGUCCAAAGCUCAUCUGCUUGUAUGUUCUCUCAAGAGAUGUAUGGUCCUCCAUUGCGUUUUGAGUCUCCUGCAACAGGAAUUCUGUCACCCAGGGGUGAUGAUUACUUUAAUUACAAUGUUCAACAGACAAGCACAAAUCCACCUUUGCCAGAGCCAGGUUAUUUCACAAAACCCCCAGUUGCAACUCAUGCUUCAAGAUCUGCAGAAUCUAAGGUUAUUGAAUUUGGAAAAACUAAUUUUGUUCAGCCUGUGCCAGGUGAAGGAAUAAGACCAUCUUUGACAGCACCUACACAUACAACACAGCCAACUCCUUUUAAAUUUAACUCAAAUUUCAAGUCAAAUGAUGGUGACUUUACCUUUUCUUCACCGCAGGUUGUGACACAGCCCCCUUCUACAGCUUACAAUAAUAAUGAAAGCCUUUUAGGUCUCUUAACUUCAGAUAAACCUUUGCAGGGAGAUGGCUACAGUGGACCAAAAGCUAGUCAAACCAUUGGACCUCGAAAUACAUUCAGUUUUGGAAGCAAAAAUGUGCCUGGAAUUUCAUUUACUGAAAACAUGGGUCCAAAUCAGCAAAAGAAUUCUGGUUUUCGUCGAAGUGAUGACAUGUUUACUUUCCACGGUCCAGGGAAAUCAGUAUUUGGAACACCCGCACCAGAGCUGGCCAAUAAGAGUCAUGAAGCAGAUGGAGGGAGUGCCCAUGGUGAUGACGAUGAUGACGGCCCUCACUUUGAGCCUGUGGUACCUCUUCCUGAUAAGAUUGAAGUAAAAACUGGUGAGGAAGAUGAAGAAGAAUUCUUUUGCAAUCGUGCAAAAUUGUUUCGUUUUGAUGCAGAAUCCAAAGAAUGGAAGGAACGUGGAAUUGGCAAUGUAAAAAUCCUAAGGCAUAAAACAUCUGGUAAAAUUCGCCUUCUGAUGAGACGAGAGCAAGUAUUAAAAAUCUGUGCAAAUCAUUACAUCAGUCCAGAUAUGAAAUUGACCCCAAACGCUGGCUCUGACAGAUCUUUUGUAUGGCAUGCUCUUGAUUAUGCAGAUGAGUUGCCCAAACCAGAACAACUUGCUAUUAGAUUCAAAACUCCCGAGGAAGCAGCACUUUUUAAGUGCAAGUUUGAAGAGGCCCAGAACAUUUUAAAAGCCUUAGGAGCAAAUGUAGCCACAACAACAAAUCAGGCUAUGAGAAUUGUAAAAGAACCCACAAGUCAUGAUAACAAAGAUAUUUGCAACUCUGAUGCUGGAAACAUGAAUUUUGAAUUUCAAAUUGCAAAGAAAGAAGGGUCUUGGUGGCAUUGUAACAGCUGCUCAUUAAAGAAUGCUGCAACUGCUAAGAAGUGUGUUUCAUGCCAGAAUCUAAACCCAAACAAGAAAGAACUCCUUGGCCCACCAUUAGUUGAAACUGUGUCUGCUCUUAAAACUGGCCACGAAAAUACUCCAGAUAGAUUUGCGUCAAUGACUCCAAAGAAAGAAGGUCACUGGGAUUGUAGUAUUUGCUUAGUAAGAAAUGAACCUACUGUAUCUAGGUGCAGUGCAUGCCAGAAUGCAAAGGCUACUAACAAAAGUGGAUCUUCAUUUGUUCAGCAAGCUUCCUUUAAAUUUGGCCAGGGAGAUCUUCCUAAGUCUGUUAACAGUGAUUUCAGAUCUGUAUUUUCUACGAAGGAAGAACAGUGGAAUUGCACUGCAUGCCUUGUGCAAAAUGAAGGAAGUUCUACAAAGUGUGCUGCUUGUCAGAAUCCAAGAAAACAGAGUUUACCUACUUCUUCUGUUGCAGCACCUGCUUCUUUUAAGUUUGGUACUUCAGAGAUAAGUAAAACCCCAAAGAGUGGAUUUGAGGACAUGUUUGCUAAGAAGGAAGGACAGUGGGAUUGCAGUUGCUGCUCGUUACGAAAUGAAGCAGGUGCUACAAUAUGUGUUGCUUGUCAGAAUCCAGGUAAACUGAGUCUACCCACGUCUGCUGUUCCAGCAUCUGCCUCUUUUAAGUUUAGUACUUCAGAGACCAGCACAACUCCAAAGAGUGGAUUCGAAGGCAUGUUCACCAAGAAGGAAGGACAGUGGGACUGCAGUAUUUGCUUAGUGCGAAAUGAAGCAAGUGCUGCCACAUGUGUUGCUUGCCAGAAUCCAAGUAAACAAAAUCAGCCUACUUCUGCUGUUCUACCUCCGGCCUCAUCAGAUACAUGCAAGGCUCCAAAGGGUGGAUUUGAAGGAAUGUUCACCAAGAAGGAAGGACAGUGGGAUUGUAGCAUUUGCUUUGUGCAAAAUGAGAGUUCUUCCUUAAAAUGUGUGGCUUGUGAUGCCUCUAAACCAGCUCAUAAACCUAGUGCAGAAGCUCCUUCAGCUUUCACAUUGGGCUCAAAAAUUAAGUUAAAUGACUCUUCUGGAAGUCAGGUUGGAACAGGAUUUAAAAGUAACUUUUCUGAAAAAGCUUUUAAAUUUGGUACAGCAGAACAAGGGUUUAAAUUUGGGCAUGUGGAUCAAGAAAGUACACCUUCAUUUACGUUUCAGGGUUCUUCUAAUACAGAUUCUAAGUCAACAAAAGAAGGAUUUAGUUUUUCUGUCCCUAUGUCUGCUGAUGGAUUUAAAUUUGGCAUUCAGGAGCCUGGAAAUCAAGAGAAGAAAAGUGAAAAGCCCCUUGAAAAUGACACUGGUGUUCAGGCUCAGGAUAUCAGUGGUCAGAAGAAUGGUAGUGGUGUGAUUUUUGGUCCAAGUGGUAGCACUUUUACCUUUGCAGAUCUUGCAAAAUCAACUUCAGGAGAAGGAUUUCAGUUUGGCAAAAAAGACCCUAAUUUCAAGGGAUUUUCAGGUGCGGGAGAAAAAUUAUUCUCAUCACAAAGUGGUAAAAUGGCUGAUAAAGCCGACACUUCUGCUGACCUUGAGAAAGAUGAUGAUGCCUAUCGGACCGAGGACAGUGAUGACAUACAUUUUGAACCAGUAGUUCAGAUGCCUGAAAAAGUGGAACUUGUAACAGGAGAAGAAGAUGAAAAAGUUCUUUAUUCACAGCGGGUAAAAUUAUUUAGAUUUGAUGCUGAGAUAAGUCAGUGGAAAGAAAGGGGUCUGGGGAACUUAAAAAUUCUCAAGAAUGAAGUCAAUGGCAAACUGCGAAUGCUGAUGCGAAGAGAACAGGUACUAAAAGUGUGUGCUAAUCAUUGGAUAACAACUACGAUGAACCUGAAGCCUCUCUCUGGGUCCGAUAGAGCAUGGAUGUGGUUAGCGAGUGAUUUUUCUGAUGGUGAUGCCAAACUAGAGCAGCUGGCAGCAAAAUUUAAAACACCAGAGCUGGCUGAAGAAUUCAAGCAGAAAUUUGAGGAAUGCCAGCGACUUCUAUUAGAUAUACCACUUCAGACUCCUCAUAAACUUGUAGACACUGGCAGAGCUGCCAAGUUAAUCCAGAGAGCAGAAGAAAUGAAGAGUGGAUUAAAAGAUUUCAAAACGUUUUUGACAAAUGAUCAAACAAAAGUCACUGAUGGAGAGAGUGAGAGCUCUGAUGCAGGCACUGCCAGUGCCUCUGAUACAACCAGCAAGCCAAACCCCGAAAACACGGGGCCCACACUGGAGUGGGACAACUAUGACUUAAGGGAAGAUGCUUUGGAUGGUAGUGUGAGUAGUAGCUCAGUACAUGCUUCUCCAUUGGCAAGUAGCCCUGUGAGGAAAAAUCUCUUCCGCUUUGGUGAGUCAACAACAGGAUUUAACUUCAGUUUUAAAUCUGCUCUGAGUCCAUCUAAGUCUCCUGCCAAGUUGAAUCAGAGUGGGACCUCAGUUGGCACUGAUGAAGAAUCUGAUGUUACUCAGGAAGAAGAGAGAGAUGGACAGUACUUUGAACCUGUUGUACCUUUACCUGAUCUAGUGGAAGUGUCCAGUGGUGAGGAAAAUGAACAAGUUGUUUUUAGUCACAGAGCAAAACUCUAUAGGUAUGAUAAAGAUGUUGGUCAGUGGAAAGAAAGAGGCAUUGGUGAUAUAAAGAUUUUACAGAAUUAUGAUAAUAAGCAAGUUCGCAUCGUGAUGAGAAGGGACCAGGUAUUAAAACUUUGUGCCAAUCACAGAAUAACUCCAGACAUGACUUUGCAAAAUAUGAAAGGGACAGAACGAGUGUGGGUGUGGACUGCUUGUGAUUUUGCAGAUGGGGAAAGAAAAGUAGAACAUUUAGCUGUCCGUUUUAAACUACAGGAUGUUGCAGACUCAUUUAAGAAAAUAUUUGAUGAAGCAAAAAUUGCCCAAGAAAAAGAUUCUUUGAUAACACCUCAGGUUUCUCAUUCAACCACUCCCAGAGAGUCGCCAUGUGGCAAAAUUGCUGUAGCUGUAUUAGAAGAAACCACAAGAGAGAGGACAGAUUUAAUUCAGGGUGACGACACAGCAGAUGCAACUUCAGAAGUUGGAGAAGCAUCUAGCACAUCUGAAGCAACAACAAAAGCAGUGGUUUCUCCUCCAAAGUUUGUAUUUGGUUCAGAGUCCGUUAAAAGUAUUUUUAGUAGUGAAAAAUCAAAACCGUUUGCAUUUGGCAACAGUUCAGCCACUGGGUCUUUGUUUGGAUUUAGUUUUAAUGCACCUUUGAAAAAUAGUAGUGAAAUUAGUUCAGUAGUCAAGAGUGGAUCUGAAAGAAAAGUGGAACCUAAUUGUGAAGAGUCGAAGAAUUCCAAUAGCAAACAAUCUUCAGAUGGCAAAGUAAAAAAUUUCUUUGCUUUUCCAAAGGAAGAGUCCUCAACUGAUUGCACAUUUAAAACACCAGAAAAGGGAUUUAAUUUUAGCCUUUUUAAAUCUAAUCCAAUGGCUUUUUGGACGAGCAUCCCUUCCUCACAGCCUGAGAACAAAGCAAAAGAGAAGGAAAAACCUGAAGAUCCUUCCUCAGAUGAUGAAGUUCUCAUUGUAUAUGAGUUAACACCCACCCCUGAGCAAAAAGCUCUUGCAAGCAAACUUAAACUUCCUCCAACUUUCUUCUGCUAUAAGAAUAAUCCGGAUUAUAUUAGUGAAGAAGAAGAGGAUGAUGAAGAUUUCGAAACAGCUGUCAAGAAACUUAAUGGAAAACUUUAUCUGGAUGACUCAGAAAAAUGUAGACCAUUAGAAGAAAAGCUAACAGAUAAUGAAAAAGAAUGUGUUAUUGUUUGGGAAAAGAAACCAACAAUUGAAGAGAAGGCCAAAGCAGAUACAUUAAAGCUUCCACCUACAUUUUUUUGUGGAGUCUGCAGUGAUACUGAUGAGGACAAUGGAAAUGGGGAAGACUUUCAAUCAGAAUUUCAAAAAGUUCAGGACUCUCAAAAAUCUCAGAAUGAGGAAAUAACUAACACGGCUGACAGUGUGUAUACAGGUGGGACUAAAGUGACUGUACCAUUUUUAUGUAAAUCUGAAGAACCUGAUUUUAUUACCAAAUCUAUUAGUUCAUCACCUAUUUCUUCUGGAACUGUGGACAAACCUGUAGAUUUGUCUACUAGAAAGGAAGAUGAUGCAGAUUCUACAAGCCAAGUGGAAAGCAAAACAGUUUCAUUUGGAUUUGGAAGUAGCACAGGACUGUCAUUUGCAGACUUGGCUUCCAGUAAUUCUGGGGAUUUUGCUUUUGGUUCUAAAGAUAAAAAUUUCCAGUGGGCUAAUACUGGCGCAGCUGUGUUUGGAGCACAGUCAACCAGUAAAGUUGGCGAAGAUGAGGAUGGUAGUGAUGAAGAAGUCGUUCACAAUGAAGAUAUCCAUUUUGAACCAAUAGUGUCAUUACCUGAGGUAGAAGUAAAAUCCGGAGAAGAAGAUGAAGAAAUUUUAUUUAAAGAGAGAGCCAAACUCUAUAGAUGGGAUCGAGAGGUCAGUCAGUGGAAGGAGCGUGGUGUAGGAGACAUAAAGAUUCUUUGGCAUACAAUGAAGAAUUACUACCGGAUCCUAAUGAGAAGAGACCAGGUUUUUAAAGUGUGUGCAAACCAUGUUAUCACUAAAACAAUGGAAUUAAAACCCUUGAAUGUUUCAAACAAUGCUUUAGUUUGGACUGCCUCAGAUUAUGCUGAUGGAGAAGCCAAAGUGGAACAGCUUGCAGUGAGGUUUAAAACCAAAGAAAUGGCUGAUGGUUUUAAAAAAAAAUUUGAAGAAUGUCAACAGAAUUUAUUGAAACUUCAGAAAGGACAAGUAUCACUGACAGCAGAGUUAUCGAAGGAGACAAAUCCUGUGGUGUUUUUUGAUGUUUGCGCAGAUGAUGAACCUCUAGGACGUAUAACCAUGGAAUUAUUUUCAAACGUUGUUCCUCAGACUGCCGAGAACUUCAGAGCACUCUGCACUGGAGAGAAAGGCUUUGGCUUCAAGAACUCCAUUUUUCACAAAGUAAUUCCAGAUUUUGUUUGCCAAGGGGGAGAUAUCACCAAACAUGAUGGAACAGGAGGACAGUCUAUCUAUGGAGAUAAAUUUGAAGAUGAAAAUUUUGAUGUGAAACAUACUGGUCCUGGCUUAUUAUCAAUGGCCAGUCGAGGCCGGGAUACCAAUAAUUCUCAGUUUUUUAUAACACUGAAAAAAGCAGAAGAUUUGGACUUUAAGCAUGUAGUAUUUGGGUUUGUUAAGGAUGGCAUGGAUACUGUGAAAAAGAUUGAAUCAUUUGGCUCUCCUAAAGGGUCUGUUAGUCGAAGAAUUACUAUCACAGAAUGUGGACAGAUAUAAAAUCAUUGUUUUUCAUAGUAAAUUUUACCUGUAUAAACAGUUGAAUUGAAGCUUAGCUGUUGUGACAAUAUGGUAAUUAUGUUCAGCUUUUGAAAAUGGACGUUUCCAGUGUAUAAAUGUAAAAUUGCAGCUUAUAGCUGUUGUCACUUUUUAAUGUGUUAUAAUUGACCUUGCAUGGUGUGAAAUAAAAGUUUAAACACUGGUGUAAAUCAGGUGUACUUGUGUUUAUGUACUCCUGACAUAUCUGUAUCAAAAUGGAAUAAUACUAAUCUUGUUAAAAGCAAUAGACCUUCUCAAACUAUUGAAGGAAUAUGAUAUAUGCAAUUUAAUUUUACCUUUUAAGAUAUUGGACUUCCUGCAUGGAUAAACUUACCAUUUGAAUAAAGGGACCACAACUUGGAUAAUUUUUAUUUUACAUUGGAAAUAUAUUUGGUAAUUUUAACUAUUGGUGUGCUCAUUUAUGCAUAGAGACUCACUUAUGAAUGGGUAGAGCCACAGAGGGUAGAGACUUAACCAAAGUGCUCUUCUAUAAUCCUUGCACCUCCUGUAUGGUUAAAUUAACUUUUAAGUAGAGUACCUUCUUUUCUUAAAAUUAUAUGUAGUUUCCUGUGCCCUUUCAAAGGUAUUAAAUUAAUUUUUACAUUUUAAACAAGUAUUUCCUUAGUUUUUUGUUUUUGUUUUAACUUUUCUGUCAUCUGUUUCUACUACCUCAAACUGCAGCUUGGUUCUGAUAGAACUUGAAUUUUUCCUUGCAGUUAUUGUGAUAAAGUAUGACUAUUUUAAAAAGGUCUAUACCAUGUUCUUUGGUUAAAGAUUUGCUUUAUACUAGAUUGUUGCAGUACCUUUUUCUGGUGAAUUUUGUAGCAAAAAUAAAGUGACAAUUGUUAACAGCCAUGACAUUUAAAAAUUUA